AGGAGGAAGCGGAGAAGUGCCGGGCUUUGCGCUGGAUCCGGCUGCGAGUUUUGUUGCCGGCCGGGUUGCAAAGAGAUCGGGACUUCCCGGUUUUAUUUUUAGGAACGACCGAGGAUCGUCCCGCCUUGCAACGAAGCUGACGCCCUCAAGGUUUUGCAACCUGCCUUUUGCGCACAAUCCUUUGCUCUGGGCGCUGGAAAGCCCCUUAGUGGCUGCGCCGAUCCUGUCCCCUCUUUCCUCCCUCGGGGGACCCCGUGGAGGGGCAGGCGAUGUGCAGAAAACCCGCCUUGGUGGUGUUUGAUCUGGAUUAUACCUUGUGGCCUUUUUGGGUGGACACCCACGUGGACCCCCCCUUCCACAAAAAUAGCGAUGGGUCUGUGCAAGACCAGAAUCAACGGCCUGUCCGUCUCUACCCGGAAGUGCCAGAAGUGCUGCACCUGUUGGACAGCGAAGGGAUCGCCAUGGCAGCUGCCUCUCGGACAGGCGAGAUCCAAGGAGCCAGACAACUGUUAGAUCUUUUCGGCUUAAAUCGCUACUUUCGCUACACUGAAAUUUACCCUGGCAGUAAAACCACCCAUUUCCAAAGGUUGAAUCAACAGAGUGGAAUCCCGUUUCAUCGAAUGCUGUUCUUUGAUGACGAAAGCCGGAAUAUUCAUGACGUCGGCACGCUAGGAGUUGUGUGCGUUCCUGUCCCAAGAGGCAUGACUCUUUCUCUCCUCAAAGAAGGCUUAGAGAGCUUCGCACGAUGUUCAAACUCUCUUCCUGCCAACAAAGUUUAAACCUGGAUCUCCUUCGGUUCCUCUCAUGGAAAAUAUCGGCUGGGGAUUAUGGACGCUACCUACUUACGUGGUGCAGCGUCUUCUACCAGUUUUAUCCUUAAAAAGAGUUUUUCCGUCCUGUGACUACAAAAGACCCGAGAUUUUCCAAACAGGGCCCCUUUAAGACAUGUGGACUUCAACUCCCAGAAUUCCCCAGACAGCACGGAAUUCUGGAAGUUGAAGUCCACACAUCUUAAAGGGGCCAGGUUGGGGAAAAUCCUUGCAUUAGACCAGCAAAGCAUUCGUGUUUGUGACUUCCAUCCCAAUAAAAACUG